AUGGACACUGUAAAGAGUGACGGAUCUCAGCUCAUCUACAGCCGCUGGUCAUACAGACAAUCCAGCUCGGCCAGCUUCUCCCCAAACUCAACAUCAAGCUGCAUUGAAGGCGAUGAUGUCAACUUUAUGCAACAGAAACUGGAAAAACAGAGGGCACUGCUGGAACAGAAACAGCGAAGGAAGCGCCAGGAACCCCUGAUGGUCCAACCCAACACAGAGGCCCGGCCUCGCCGCCCCAGAGUACGGUGCGGUGAGGAGCAGGCCCCGUUGGUUGACUCGCAACUCAGUGGCACCAAUGAUGUCAUCGUAGACGGUAUUGAUGGUCCAGCAGCGUUUCUGGGCUCAGAAGCCCCCGAUCUGGGGAUGAAAAUCCAAAUUCUGUCAGUAAGCCAGUCCCAGACUCAAUCCCCCCCAGCGUAUUGUCAGCCCCAGUCUCAGCCUCGGUCCCCUGCUGCUGAAGAGACGGAGAGAGACGGAGACACUGAGACGCUGCUAGAGCCCAAGAUUGAUAUUCAUGAGAUGCUGCAGAAACAAGGCCUGUGUGGAAGUAUGAACUUUGACGAAGCCAGCGAGCACGAGGACAACGUGGAGGAAGAGCGGACGCUUUCCCUGUCCUCUCAAACCGACACAAACAGGCCCGCCUCAUCUGCUAGUGGCAAAAACGUUCCUGAGGUAGCGAUCCCUGGAUCUCCCACAGCAGACAGUCUACUCUCGGAUGUGGCCAAUCUAGAGGAGUUUGUGUUGCGUCCUGCCCCCCGCGGUGUCGCUGUGAAAUGCAGAAUCAGCCGGGACAAGAAGGGCAUGGACCGUGGCCUCUACCCAACAUACUUCAUGCACUUGGAGCGAGACGAUAACAAAAAGGUGUUUUUGCUGGCAGGCCGAAAGAGGAAGAAGAGCAAAACGUCCAACUACCUUAUUUCAGUCGACGCCACUGACCUGUCGCGAGGGGGGGAGAGCUUCAUCGGCAAACUGAGGUCCAAUCUUAUGGGAACGAAGUUUACAGUCUACAACAAUGGCGGCAAUCCCAGCAAAAACACGGGGACUCCGAUGGAGGACUGCUCCAUGCGGCAGGAGCUGGCUGCCAUCUGUUACGAAACCAACGUGCUGGGAUUUAAAGGACCACGGAAGAUGACUGUUGUCAUCCCCGGCAUGAACAUGAACUAUGAGAGGAUUCCUGUAAGGCCUCAGAACGAGCAGGAGAGUCUCGUGAGCCGGUGGCAGAAUAACACGCUGGAAAACCUGAUCGAGCUGCACAACAAGUCCCCCGUGUGGAACGACGACACCCAGUCGUACGUGCUAAACUUUCACGGCCGUGUCACGCAGGCGUCGGUGAAGAACUUUCAGAUAGUUCACGACAAUGACCCUGACUACAUUGUCAUGCAGUUUGGACGAAUCGCUGAAGACAUCUUCACGCUGGACUACAAUUACCCCAUGUGUGCUCUUCAAGCCUUUGCCAUCGGCCUGUCGAGCUUUGAUAGCAAGUUGGCCUGUGAGUAG